AUUCACUUCAUUCACACCGCAACAAAACAAUGAAGAGCAAAAAAACAAACAAUCCACUUGGGCCCACCUCAACUUCCUCUCCACUCACGAAACUCACUCCCAAAUCACACCUGUAGACUGUAGUUCUAUAUCUCCGGACCAAAAACCCAACACACCUGACAUCGCGCAAUGGCAUCACCAAAGCUCGUCGACGAACCACCACCACCAUCUCACUACUACCACCCUCUACCUCCAAACCAGCACCACCAAAACUACGUCGUUCUCCCUCUCUACCUCCCCGCCGUCGUCCGCCGCCGCCAGUGGAGUUGCCGUCUCCUCUGCACCGCCGCUCUCCUCCUCGCCGCCGUCGCCGUCUACUCCCUCUGGCCCUCCGAUCCCGACCUCGAGAUGGUCCGCUUCCGCCUCGAACGAAUUCAAUUCCACACCGAACCUACCAUCGCAAUUGACAUCGCAUUGAACCUCACACUCAAGGUUCGAAACAGAGAUCUGUACUCGAUGGAUUAUCGAUCGCUGGAGAUGGCGAUUGGGUACAGGGGGAAGAAUCUAGGGUUUGUGACGUCGGAUUAUGGGCACGUGAGGGCGAUGGGGUCGUCGUACGUGGACGCUAGGCUUGACUUGGAUGGAGUGGAAGUUUUCUCUGACGUCAUUCUUUUGCUUGAAGAUUUGGCUAGGGGUUCGGUUCCGUUUGAUACAGUCACGGUGAUUCGUGGUCGGCUCGGGUUGUUCUUCCUCGACCUUCCACUCGAGGCAAAAAUAUCUUGCGAGGUUUAUGUAAAUACACGCAACCAAACAAUUGUCCGGCAAAAUUGUUACCCUGAGUGAUGAAUUUGGAUUGAACAUAGGAAGUGGAACAAAGCAAAAAGGGUGAAUGGUGUGCAUGGCCCUUUUCUGCAGAUUUGGGUAUGUGAAUUUCAGAAUGUGUAUAUCAUGUCACCUGUUUCUGUAAUAACUGUCAUACUGAAAUCCUGGGGAAAGCAUUAUUUGGAUGUAAUAUAUCAAACAUCUAUAUCUAUAUAUAUGUAUAUCUGUCUUCUUAUCA